AUGUCGAAAUUUCCAAAUGAAAAGACAUUACUACUAAUUUCCGGUGCUUUAUGUCAAACUGUCGUGCCACGUAUUCACAACAUGACUCAACCCUAUUCAAUUUAUGUAUUUUGUCGAAAAAAAGAAAAGUAUGAAGAAUGGGCGAAAAACUGGUCCAAAGUGAAAGGUAUUUUCACAGAAAUUACUCCAAUUUGUGACUCAAUUCGACAAUCUGCUCGACAAUGUGAUGAAGAUUCAGUUAUGAUUAGUGCUGUAUCGUCAUUGAAUCAAAUCGAACUAUCAUUUAUGUAUGCACAACUCUUCAAAGAAACAAUUAUUGUAAUCGAUUUCGAUCAAAAGAAAGAAAUCAAUGGCUUAGCCGAUUACUCCCGUAAGAAGUAUGCUGGCAAUGACGAACACUUGGUGGUGAUUGACGAAUUCGUUCAAAACUACCAACGUAAUCUGAACGAAGACAAUAAGCCAAUUUGGUGGUAUACUCGUGAAUGUUUUACAUAUCACAUGCUCAACAAAGCCCUUGGCAUUCUACAAAUUGAGACCCUGCUUAAAAUGGGCAUCUUUAUUCAAGAUCUUCAUCGAAACAUCCAGAAACUUCAUUCGAAACAGUCGAUUGAUAUGUCCGAUGGACCGAAAACAAUAACAGUCUACUGGGGUAAAACGAUGACAAAGCAAGAUUUUGACAAUAAAAUAAAACAAGGUGGACUUAUGUCAUUCAAUAAUUUCUUAUCCACAAGUGACUACCGAAAUGCAGCCAUUCGACUUAUUGAGGAAGGGCUCAAAUCCAAUAACAAGAACAAAAUCGGUGUACUGUUCACGAUGACAAUUAAUCGAUCGGUUUCAUCGGCUCCGUUUGCUGGCAUCGACGAAAUUAGUUAUUUCCAGACAGAAAAUGAAAUUCUCUUUUCAACGCUUACGGUUUUUCGCAUUCAGCGUAUCAAAGAAAUAGAAGAUAGCGAAAUGACCUUUUGGCAAGUGAAACUUACACUCACCAAUGAUAACGACGACAAACAACUUAAUGUUCUUAUCCAAGGAAUGCGAGAGGAGCUCCCUGGAACAAGAUGGCAACGAAUGGGUUUCUUGUUAUGGAAACUGGGUGAAAAUGACAAGGCUGAACAAGUUUACAUGAUGCUACUCCAGCAGGCAUCCAACGAGAGCGAUACAUCUUACUCUUACAACGAGCUUGGAGUGAUCAAGGGCAGCCAAGGAGACUACAAAAAAGCAAUCGAAUUUUAUGAAAAAUCACUUGAUAUUAAGAAAAAUCUCUCCCUUCAAAUCAUCCCUACUUGGCUAUUUUCUACAAUAACAUCGGUUCGGCAUAUGAUCAAAUAGACGAGUACGCAAAAGUACUUUCAUUUUUCGAAAAAGUAGUUGAUAUAUUCAAAAAAAAACAUUUCCUCCGAAUCAUUCCGACUUGGCAACUUACUACAACAACACUGGAUCAGUGUAUGAUAACAUGGGCGAGUACACGAAAGCUUUUUC